AAAAAUAAGAGGAUUCCGGUCACAUCCCGUUUCUCCCCAGCUGGAUGAAAUAACAAAACAACGAGACCUUUCAUUGUUCUCAUCUUUGAAAUACGCUACGGAUUUAUCGGUAUGAUGUGAAACAUUAAUACAUUGAAUCUGUAUUAGCCAACAUAUUCGACAGGAAACUGCUAGAUUGCAAUCAGGUAUUAUAUAUCUUAGUUCUGUUAGCUUGUUAGCUAGCCAGCAAGCUAGUCAUUGCUUUCUAACGGACGGUUUCUCCAAUCCAAUGUAGCCAACAAUCUAGCACGCUAGCUAGCUAUAACAUAGCCGUAGUUCAACCAAAGUUGAGAAGAUGGCAAGGAUUUCACUUAACUACAUUCUGAUGUGCGGGCAAGUUCUCCUGCUACUGUCAGUGUUGCUUUUGCAAUGUUUGGAAGGAAUACACUCCCAGAAUUCAUCAGACUCACCCGGACAGAGGGCAACAACAGCUACAUUCAGUGUCAGUGAGCAGCCACAAGAUAACGUGACGACGUAUCACAUAAUACCAGUUGAACGCAUGAAUUAUACUGAACUAUAUGAAUACAGGCCUCCGUCACCGGUUGUCCUCUGCAGUUAUCUACCCGAGGAGUUCAUCCACUGUCAAGAUCCAGUGGACCAUGCACAGAACUCCACUGCCAUUCUGGAGAUGGGACAUGGUUGUUGGAAGUUUGGAGGGCAGGUACACAAAGACGUGAAUCACACACCAGUCAUCUGCACGGCACUGGAUGACAUAGAGUGUGCUGGACCCAGGGAGUUCCUGAGAGGGAACGAGCCAUGCAUCAAAUACACUGGCCACUAUUUCAUCACCACCCUGCUGUACUCAUUCUUCCUGGGUUGCUUUGGAGUGGACAGGUUCUGCCUGGGGCACACAGGCACAGCCGUGGGCAAGCUGCUGACCCUAGGAGGCCUGGGCAUCUGGUGGUUCGUGGACCUCAUCCUCCUCAUCACCGGAGGCCUCAUGCCCAGUGACAACAGCAACUGGUGUACCUUCUACUGAGACCAGAGAGCAUGGGUUGAAGACCUUUUAAAGGCAUACUUUGGGAUUUUGGCAAUGAGACCCUUUAUCUACUUCCCCGGAGUCAGAUGAACUCGUGGAUACCAUUUUUAUGUCUCUGUGUCCAGUAUGAAGGAAGUCAGAUGUAGUUUUGCUAGCCAAUGCUAAAUAGCGUUAGCACAAUGACUGUAAGUCUAUGGUUAUCUACUACCAUGUUAGCAUUGGCUCGAGAAACUACCUCUGACUUCCUUCAUACUUGUUGCCAAAAGCCCAAAGUAUCCCUUUAAGGUGUGUUUACAUUGCAGACAUGCGGGACGACUAAGGAUCAACGCUUAUAUGUGAAUUACAGUUCAGAGUAGUCUGACCACGUGUCAGAUGCCUUUAUCUCCAAUUCUCCUAGAGAAUCAUGUCACCCGAGGUGGUAUCACUUUAUGCUUGCGCACGCCACAGAUGGCAGUUUUUCACAUCUUAAUAAAUUGCGUGUUUGCUGUUUCCGCAAUUUAAAUCCAGCUUUAGUCUUUCAUCAGUCUUUCGUCUCUUAUCAUGGGAUAACAAGAGGAGUAUUCGUGAAAGAUGUGUGGUGUGGACCAGGGGCAUGGUUGAGUGGUUGGCAUGUGGCUGCUGUAGGUUUGAUUUAGGUGUAAAGGUUAAAUUACUGAACUGUUGAAGCAAAGGAAAUGGGUUGCUAUGUUGUCUGUAUGAAAGCUUAAAUCUAGGUUCUAAGUUUCAUUAUGCGAUUUAUGCGUGCACAAACUGCACAACAUCUGAGGCGUUACCAUGUCUGACCAUCUGAUGAGAGGAGUCUCAAAACAUUUGUGUACCUGUACUACCUACAGAUACUGCUCACAUAGCUUACUCCAAAUGUAGUUCUGAUUUAGUGUCCCAAAUGAAAACAAUUUGAUUAAACUGGUUAAUAUGGUUAAAAUACAUUAAGCCUGAGUAAUGCUGUAUGUACCCUCAAUUCUGUGAUUGUUUAUUAUUUUGUUAUGCAUUGAAAUGUUUGACUUUAUUUUCCCUAUGUUCUUUCAAUAUAGGAACAAUUUGUGAAAUGGCAGCCUUCUGUAAAUAUAGACAAAAGUCUAUGGAUUAAUUUUAUGGUAUGUGUCUUGCAGUUUUUCUCAACCUGUCAUUUUACAUAAUUUUGCAUCUUCCUAGGUGCAUAUGUGAGAAGGAACGCCAACUGUCUCCCUGUGUGUGUGCCAUCCCUGCACAUCAAGUGUUUGUGGUUCAUUAAAAUGUUUUGGUCAAGGUUGGUUAAGUCUAUUUCUACUUGAAUCCUGUGCUGAAUCUGAUUUGUUGCGUCUGACUUGCAAAGUGGAAACUGAGAUGGUUCCUUUUUUCUGUGCAUGCUUAAAUGUUUUUCAGAUUGAUUGCUUUUUUUCUAUACACUUGAUGACUUGCACUCAUUCAAAGCACAGAGGAGACAAGAUACUGCUACUAUUAAAAAUUCCAGUACACAGAAGAAAAGAAAACAAAGGUUUCAAAGCCAAGCACUAUAAAGAUUUUAUUUUAAGUGUCAACAAAUGUCAUAUUCACCACUUCCAGAGGUAACGAUGUUAUUGUACAUAUUAUGAAUAAAAAACAAUUGAUACUU